AUGCCAGACAUCGUGCUGAGAGUGUUCGUGGUGACUCUGGGUCUCCUAACAUUUCCGCGGGAUGACCCCCGGGUUAAGGAAUGGGAUGAUGUCACCACAGUGGGCAUGCAAAAGCAUGAAGAGAAGCUGCUGAGAGGAGAGGAGGAACUAGACCAUGACCUGGCACCUGUCAGACAGGAAAUAACAUAUACUGAGAGUGGAGUUAAAAACAUUCAGUCUGAUCAACAUGUUGUUGAAGAGGCAACUGUCAGCAAACAAGAUCCAGAGGAAGACGUUGAUGAUCAAGACUCACCAGAAGGGGGACAUUUUAUGGAAAACUCCAAAAGUGAACCUGAGCAAAAAGGAAACCUGGACAAGGAGAGUGAAGACUUCCAGGCUGAUGGUUCCCUUACAGACUCAAGCAGACCACAAGAAACAGCUGAGGAGAAGGAAGUGUUCACCUCCGAAGACGAAGAAUCACCUCCGUCUCACCUUCACACUGUGACAUCAGAAGAGGAAGCUUCAGAGAAGGCCCUGGCUGACUGGGAGCAGGACUACCUCUGGUACAUGUGGAACACACUUUCCAUCAUUUCCAUGAUACGUUUCUUUAGGAAAUACCUGGGGAAGAGUUCCCAAAAGACACAAGAAGAAACCAGGACCUGCACCGCUGCUGGAGCGCCUCUACCAGACAGCAGCACUCUGCAGCGAUUUCACUCGAAAUGUAUUCAAGUCUCAUCCGAUAAGAAGUGGAAGGAGUUUUUAGAGGGAUUUGCUGAUGGUCUAGUCGAGGCCAUGAGGACUGUCUGUCGUAGAAAUGGCGGUAUGGUGAUUGAGGACUUUCAGAUAGUGGAUGUGUUUGAUAUCAUCGUCCCCUUGGCUCCACCUGAUCCAUUUAGCUUUCAGUGUCACAACUAUCAGGCAAGUGAGCUGCUGUCAGAAGUCUGCGGUCAAAUCAAACUUGUGGAAAAUAAGAAAAUCCCAAACGGCUGCCCCUGCCAGUCUCCUAACUCAGAUGAUAUGGUGUGUUUGCUGCAUUGUGAGACUGAGAAAGUAAAGACAAAAAUAACUGAUGUUCGUGACAGCCUUCUAUGCACAAAGAACUCCCCCUUCCUGUCAAAAUCACAUGUUACCAGGUGGUUUCAGAGCACGGUUAAACAAGCGUGGGAACAGAUUUCACACAAGUACGAGUUCGAGCUGAACAUGCGCUAUAUUGGUGCUCCGGGUGCUCUGACAGUUCGAUUCAGAUCAGGGAAGAAGAUUAGCUUCAGAAUGAAUCCUGUGGUCAGAGUCAAUACUGAUGCUCAUUUCUUCAUUACUCCCUGCUCCACAAACAACUCCGACACUUUCUGGACGCUCUCCCUGGCCAGCUAUGAGGAUCAUCUGUUAGAGUGCAUAUCUAAACGUCUGCCUGCAAACUCAUGCCACAGUCAAACUCUUGAUGUUGCACUUUUCCUUCACAAGAGACAGACAGCACUGUCAGGAAGCAGUGCUCUGGAGGACUGCCAUUUCAAAACCGCACUAAUGCAUUUGCUUUUGACCAAAGAGCCAUCACAGUGGAAACCUAGCCAUGUGGCGUGUCGGCUACGAGACCUAUUGGCUUUCAUGGAGAGAAGCCUGAAGAAAAGGCUGCUGCACCAUGCCCUUAUAGGGAACCCUUUGAGUCAGAGGGUUAUUGAACUUCCUGCUGAAUUUACUCAAGCAAAGAGCAUGAAUCUCUUCCAUCCCCUGCUGGUAGAUGACUGCCUCUACACAAAUGCUGUGAUGCAUUUUCAGGAAAUGCUUAGAAAUGCACACAUGCUGAUACAGGAUUAUGUUAAUCAGUGCCAGUUGUUCCAUUAAAACUCAUUUGAUUUAAAGCUAUAACAUUUCUGCAUUAAAAUGAAUUUAUCCAAGUUGUGUUGUUGCAUUUUCUUACAUUAUCCCAGUUGUUUCCAACAAUGUUUAAACCCAAUCUGUAAAGGCACUUUCCAUGGCCGCCA